GCGGUGUGCUGUUUUCCGAGUUUCUCUCAGACGCAACCAGUAGUUGCUGCUGAGUGAGUGGUGUCUGCGCGUCCGGAGGACAGACUUCAGCUUUAUCUUUCUUUAUCUCGCUUUUUAGUGAAGAAAAACACGGGAAUUCUGUUUAAACCGAGAACUAAAUGGCUGAAAGCAGCAAGGAAUUCAGCUUUCACAGAUGAGCGCUUCGUUAUCCUUCGCAGCUGCCUUCAGUCUAGACAUGCAAACGGGUGAACGACUUUAAAUACAGACGCCUGAGACUCCUGCCGCCAUGCGUUUAUGCAGCCCUCCAGGCUCUGUAGUCUUUAUUUUCAUCAUAAGCAGGAUCAUAGAGGGCUCAGGCUCCGGCGCUGAAGAGGUGCUGCCUCCCACCAUUCAGAAACUGAUGAAGGGAUACAACAAGUACCUGAGGCCUUUCUUCGGCAAUGGUCCUGUUACUGUUGGGAUGAGUCUGGACAUUGCCAGCAUAGACACUAUAUCAGAGAUCAAUAUGGACUACACAGCCACUAUCUUCCUGCGACAGCGCUGGACGGACGAGCGUCUGUGUUUCGACGGGAAUAAGAGUCUGAGUUUGGACGGCAGGCUGGUGGAGCUCCUCUGGGUUCCUGACACAUUCAUCGUGGACUCCAAGAAAUCCUUCCUGCAUGACAUCACUGUGGAGAACAGACUGAUCAGGAUAUUCCCCAACGGAACCGUGCUCUACGCCCUCAGAAUCACCACCACAGUGGCUUGCAGUAUGGACCUGACCAAGUACCCUAUGGACAAACAAACGUGCACACUUCAGCUGGAGAGCUGGGGUUAUAAUGUGAAAGAUGUGGUGUUUUAUUGGACUCGGGGGAACCAAUCAGUUAGCGGACUUGAUACUCUACAGCUGGCCCAGUACACCCUAGAGGACUAUUAUACCUCAGAAUCUGAAGCCGUCUAUGAGACUGGUAACUACCCAAAGCUGAUUUUUCAUUUCCAGCUGAGGCGAAGCAUCCUUUACUUCAUUCUGGAGACAUACGUGCCAUCCAGUGCUCUGGUGGUCCUGUCCUGGGUUUCCUUCUGGAUCAGCCAGUCCUCUGUCCCUGCUCGCAUCUGCAUAGGGGUGACCACAGUCCUGACUAUGACCACUCUGAUGAUGGGGGCACGCACUUCUCUGCCCAAUGCGAACUGCUUCAUCAAAGCGAUUGACGUGUACCUGGGCAUCUGCUUCAGCUUCAUCUUUGGAGCUCUCAUCGAGUAUGCUGUCGCUCAUUUCUGCACUUUGCACCAGCCAAAUGCUGCCAAUGCAUAUAUGUAUGGACAGGAGAUGCAGGAGCGUGAGGAUGAGAUGAACGGAAUCGUCACCUCCAUCGGCAGCGCUGCAGCUCUGCGGGCGCGCAGGAGGGAGGAGAUGCUGUCCCGUGCCGGCAGCACCAGCAGCCCAACUCCCAGUGACAAUAAAGAGGAGAAGACCUCCUCCCAGCCCCAGAGCGGCUGCGCCAAGUUCCUGUCAGUGGCACGGCGCAUCAUGUGUUUCCUGAACUGCUGCCAUGUGGAAAAUCCGCACUACAUCGACAACUACUCCCGUCUGACCUUCCCCCUGUCCUUCAUCUUCAUCAACCUGCUCUACUGGACCUACUACCUGUACUUCUAGUGUGUGUGUAUGUAUGUGUGUGUGGAUGCGGGUGUGUGUGUGUGUGUGUGUUUUUGUCAGAGUGAUUGUGGCCAGUGUUGAGGAAGGCAUAUUGUUGCUGUUGGAACGAAACCUACUAUAUCUGAAACAGAACGUUUUCUUUAAAAUUGUGUUUAUUUAUUUAUUUAUUUAUUCACUUACUAGCUUGCGUAUUGGUUUAUUUAUUACAUAAUGGUUCAGAAAUAUGAUCUAUCAUCAUAUAUGAUAGAACUUUUACAUAAAGUGUACUAGGUUUCUCAUAAUAAAGGAUUUUUAUAUAUACACUAUAUUGGCAAAAGUAUUCGCUGCAUUACAUUUAGUGAUGCAAAGCUUAGAUGGAGCUGCUGAGCCAUGGAAACCCAUUCCAUGAUGCUCUGUACGUUCUAUUGUACAUUUAGCUGAAGACCACAUGAAGUUUGGAGGCCUGUAAUGAUUGACUCUACCCCUUUUGCUUUCUUUCCCAGUUGCUUCUACUUUGUUUACAUUACAUUACAUUUGGCAGACGCUUUUGUCCAAAGCGACUUACAAUAGUCAAGUACAAUGUAAAAUAAGUUUAAAGGAAAAACAUCUUUGGAUAGGGAUAAAAGGAGGACAAAGGGGAAUAAUAGGAUAGAGGAGUGAAGGAGAGGAAGAAGGAAAUGAGGUUAGAAGUAGUUAGUGUGUUAGAGGUAUUAAGAGAGUAAGUGCUCUUUGAAGAGCUCUGUCUUCAGGAGUUUCUUAAAGAUAGCGAGAGAUUCUCCUGAUCUGGUAGUGGAGGGUAGUUUGUUCCACCAUUGGGGAACUCUGUAUGAGAACAGUCUGGAUUGCUUUGUGUGAGUGUUUGGCAAAGCGAGGCGACGUACAUUGGAGGAGCGCAGCGGCCGGGAGGUAACGUAAGCCUUCAGGAGCGAGUGCAGGUAGGAAGGAGCUGUUCUGUUCUGACAUCACCUUGUAGGCGAUUGUAAGAGUUUUGAAUUUGAUGCGAGCAUCAACUGGUAGCCAAUGGAGCUCAAUGAGCAGCGGGGUGACAUGUGCCCGUUUUGGCUGGUUGAAGACCAGACGUGCUGCUGCGUUCUGGAUCAUCUGGAGUGGUUUUACUACACAGGCCGGGA